GCGCCUUGCUAUUCUUACCAAUAAGUAGUGACUGUAAGUAGAAGCGCAUAUGUGAACUUGCUUGUUUCUUUGCCUUUGACAGCUCAAUUGCCGGACCGAAGUUGGUAGUUUUGUAAUGAGUUCUUUGCUUUUAAGGUAGAAUUUAGAACAGGAUAAAUUGUUUUUCGUAGUUUUCUUGCGAAUUUGUAUUAGAAGAUGGAGGACGUUCUUGAAGAGGUUGUUUCUUCUGAUGAUUUAAAGAAAUUUGAACGUAUAUAUAACGAACAAUUACGUUCAUCUGUUAUAACACAGAAAGCACAAUUUGAAUAUGCUUGGUGUCUUGUUAGAAGCAAAUAUCCUGCAGACAUCAGAAAGGGAAUAAUGUUAUUGGAAGAUUUAUAUUGCAAUCAUAACGAUAGUGAGAAACGAGAUUGUCUCUAUUAUUUAGCUAUUGGAAAUGCUAGAAUAAAGGAAUAUACGAAAGCUUUAGCAUAUGUCAGAUCGUUUCUUCAAGUUGAACCUGGAAAUCAACAAGUACAACAUCUGGAAACAUUGAUCAAGAAAAAAAUGGAAAAAGAAGGUCUAUACGGUAUGGCCAUUGCAGGAGGGGUUAUUAUCGGUAUUGCAAGUAUUCUCGGCCUCAGCUUUGCUAUGGUCAAAAGAAACUAAUUUAUUCACGUGAAAAAGCUUAUGACUAUUGUGUGAUAUGAAAUAGUUACUUUGUACAAUGUGUUAUAUACAAUUUGUUAAUUAAUAUCACCAAAGAUUUUAUUUAAAAAAAAAAAGAGACAGGACAAUAGAAAUAGUCUUGUGUUCAAAUUAAGUAAACUGCAAUGCGAUUCGUAAUGUAGAAUGUCAAAUUUAUUUUUACAGAAAAGCAAAUAAUACGUCAUAUAAGCAAUACACGGUAAUAAAUAUAUAUGUGUAUUAUUUUUUAGAUUUUCGUAAACUCAAUUACACUCUUUCAUGUAUCAUAAAAUCAUAUGUAUCCUCUUUUUAGAUUGUCAAAAAUAAUUUUUUAAUAAUAUAUACGUUAAUUUAUAAAAGAAAGACAUUCCGAAUGUUUCGUGUUUUGUUCUGUGUUUAGUUGUUUAUAAAUAAGAUAUAUAUAUAUGUAUCAAUGAUUUAAAGUUUUAUUUAAUUUAAAUCCACGUACGUCAAAAAAAAUAUAUUUAUGCCGAAACCGCAGUGCAGAUAAACAUAGCUUUUGUAUAUAAAAAUAAAAGUAUUGUAUUGUCUUAUUUAUGUGUAUUGUUACUUAAAUCUUUGAUGAAAUAAAUAUAUUACGUCUAUAUUACAUCUUAUGUUCACUGAUCUAUAUUCCAUAACUAUGCCCAAUGCCUACAUUAUGCCUUAAAUAUUUAAAUAAAUAUUGUAUUAUUUGUAUAAUACGAUCAACAUAUUCUCACACAUGAGACACAUCACAAACUAUAUGCCAAUUUGUCUACAAUAUAUGUUUGUUAAUAAAUUUAAUAGGUUUAAAACGGAUCAAUCUAACACUUUAACGAUCUCAUUUUAUUAAUCCGAUGUAUGGAGCGAGUAUAUUUGAGAAAAUAUAUAAAAUAGGGGAAUAGAUAUCGAAAAGAAAAUUAUACGGAUUGUCUUUUUAUAUGUAGAUUUAUUGAUGACUUCUUAAUAUCCGUUGAUAAAGUUGUUUAUGUACAAAAUAACGCUGAGAUAUUCCUAUAAUAUUAUUAUAUUUAGUGACCUAUGUUAUGGCCCAGGGACUCGCUAAAACCACUUUCUCCCCGUUUGGUUUUACGAGUUUACACGUUCGCUUAAUUUUUACGCCAAAAUAUGGAGCGCCGCUACUAUUUUUCUCGAGCACCGUCGUGUUUCCCUCGGCCUCCUCUUUAUUUUGUCUUUUCACGACACAUAUUUACAUGUUUGACGGUGUUGAGCCGCGGCAAAAGCGGUGAAGAGGAAGCUGGUGGAACCGGGACUGCACUCACGUUUUUAUUAUAUACUUUAAUAAAGAUUCAAUAAGUAGGAGAAAAUUGUAUCGUAUAGGCGAUGAAUAAUUUUUAUACGUACUAUUUUCGGUAGUGUAUUUACAUACGGGGUGGAGAGGGCUCUGACUGCCGCCCACGGUAGCGAAAAAUAUGUAUAUGUAUGCAAAUAUUAUAUUGCGCGAUAUGAUAUAAUUUUCGUUUGGUACGUUCGAAAAGAAAUAUAAAAUUUGGUAAUUUUUUGUAAAAGUAAAUACAUAAAUAGUGAAAAAAUUAGGUGGCAGUGUGAACGAUCGAAGCGACCAGUUGGCUGUGAAAAAGAGAAUGUACGUAUAAAGUUUGAAGUGCUAUCCGUGGGUUACAUCGGUGGUCCUCCAAAAAGGUGAUCUUCUUCAGUGAGGUUCGCGAUGACGAAGCCGCAGAAGACGAUCUCCAUUUUUCGAGAAUCCAGAUUGCCUCGAUAUUACUUAGCAUAGGAAUUAAUUAUUCAAGUAGAAUUAGCAGCUUGAAAAUACUUUAAGCAGUUUUUUUUAAAGGAUGCAUAUUGCUUUCUCAAUAAGGCUCCGCUAUGCUUUACACGAAUGUACAGUGUGUCCGCGUGCAUGUUAGAUUUCGUUUGCCGGCUGAUCCUCUAACGCGUUUCCUCGCUCCUUCCUUCCCAUGUUGACAGUUUCGUGAAGCCUCGCGAGUCCUUUAGUCUUUUCUGUUUGAAAUUGGAAACGAUUCAGAGUGCACGUGGUCGAAGAAUUGGGAUGGACAUCGAAGUCAGCCGCUACUGCAUAGAUAAACUAGCGAGAGUUCUUACUUGUUCCAGUGUAUUACAUCUUCCUUUAAUGCUAUUAAUUGCGAUUUUAAUGAUAAUACCAUCUUGGUGUAUAAAAAGUAUUUACGAAUGUUUAUACGAAGAUGUACUUGAAGAAAUCUUGCUAAAUAUAGUCAAAAUUUAUCUAUUUACGUAUUAAAAAAAAAAAAAAAAAAAAAAAAAAAAAAAAGAAAAA